AUCAAAAGGCCACCACUUCUUUCACUCGGGCAUCAAGAAGCCCCUUUCUGAAGCUGCCCUCCAGACGAGAGAAUCCAAAAAAAGGCCCUAUUUUCCUCUGCCAGUCUCAAUCCUCGCAGGAAAAGUUGUAAUGCCCGUCAGUCUAAUAGCUUCCCUCUUGAAACGUGGCUCUAAUACCCAUCAGUCUCAUGCCCAUCAGACAAGUGUUUGCCUUUUCUACGAGAUGGAGCGGGAAAUCCAGGUGUGACCGGCAACCUGCUUAUUUAUUUUUUUUUAUUUUUUUUAAAUGCAUAAGCCAGUUGGACGGUCCGGAUUGAACCAUCCAAGACUGUUUUUUGGGUACGGUAUCGUAGUGGUACCGUAGAAUUUUCCCCAAUCCUUUUAUAAACAUGACCAAUAACGACAACCAAACCCGGGAUGGCUUAGUGAAUGUAUUGGCAAUCCCAACUUUACUGCAAAAUAAAUUUUCAUCCCAGAAAUCAUUUUGAAGCUUGUAAACAAAAAACAAAAUAAUUCAAAAUAAAAGCAAAGUCUAGUGUAAAAAAGAUACCUUGCAGACUUUGUUGCACACCCCUUUCUUGUGUUUAUUCUCAACUUACCAAAGUAUGAUAAACCUCGUUGUUCUUCCAUUAUUUUUAACAAAUUUUAGUUGGCAAAGCCAUCUUACAUCACAUAAACAAAUAAUAUAUGAUUGUUAAAAAGGAUAUGAAUAGAACCAGAAAGUGGCAGCAUAAAUUCUUUAGCAAAAGUAAUAGAUAAUACCAAACUUGAUAACUGAAUAAAGUUUGCAAAGAUCUUCUAUUCUUUCUUGGUCGUCCCACUUUAAUUAGCAUUACAGUUUUCCGAAUUAUGAUAAGCAGAAGUAUCAUCAGUAGACUUACCUGUUCUGGACCAAUAUACUCUGCAGUGAUUGGGGCCAGGUGGUGACCCAAUUCCAUGGAGGAGUGGGAAACAAGGAGGAACGUUGCAGCAGAAGAAGGCGGUCAGCCAAGCGGGCCGGCUAAGGAGCAUAGCAUGGAUGCUCAUGGAUUCUCGCCUCGGCUGGAACGUUGGUUUAAUUCUAUGGUAUAUGCAGAAGAAAGGACCCAGUUCAUGUAUUCUCAGACUCGAUGGGGAAAGAUACCAAAGGUUCCUCAGAUGCUGAGGCACACCCAGGAUUUCGAGAAAUUCUAUGAACCGAGGGUGAUUUCAUUCGGUCCUUACCAUCAUGGCAAACCCCAUCUUCUCCAAGGGGAAAUGCUCAAGCCUCUAUGUGGCAGAAGGUUCCUGCGUGACAGUGGCCAGUCCAUCCAAAAUUUGUACAGAAAAAUUGAAAGCAAUAUCAAGUUAGUGAGGAUGUGCUAUGAUGAAGAUCAGACAUACAAAUAUGAUGAUGAAGAACUCGCCUGGAUGAUGCUUCUAGAUGGGUGUUCUUUACUAUAUUUCAUCCUAUGUGUGAUGAGAAGAAAUGAGAGCCAGUUGAGUGAUUUGAAUGUUAAAAGUCAUUUCGUUGCUUUUGUGCAACUGGACUGUUUCUUGCUUGAGAAUCAACUUCCCUUUGGAAUCCUCGAGUUGUUGUUCGAGGGAGCAAGAUUAGGGGCGGAUACAAUGGAAGAGAUGAUAGAAAGAUUCAUCACUUCUAACAUCGCCAAGCCACGAGGAACAAUGGCUUCAGACUUAGAUCUUGUAAAGGAUCCCUCUCAUCUCCUCGACCUUUUGCGAAGUGGACUUCUCGGCCCUCAGCCUGUACCUGAACAAAAAGGACAGCCUGAAGGAAUAUGGCGGGGGACCGGUCCAAGGGAAAUGCGCAAACAAGGCGACUGGCAGUCGUAUCGAAACAUCAAGGAGCUUGAAGCUGCCGGGAUCUAUCUUAAACCGAGUAGGACGACUUACAUGAGAGACAUUUCUUUCGAGUCCUACUUCUUCUUUGGAUACCUGAAACUUCCCCAUAUAACCAUAGACGCCUCCACGAAGCUUAAGCUGUUGAACUUGGCAGCUUAUGAAAUGAGUCCAAAUGGCCCAGGUGAUUUUGGAGUCACUUCUUAUAUAUGCUUCCUUGACUCCCUCAUUAAGAAUGCUGAGGAUGUGAUGCUGCUGCAAUCAAAUUACACUCUCUUCAACUUUCUCGGAAGUGACGAAAAGGUGGCAGACCUCUUCAACGACAUUGCUAAGGAUCUGGUGCCUAACCGUGAUGCUUAUGCUCUGGUCAAAGCCGGCGUUCAGAAGCAUUACAAUACCAGGGUAAAUGUCUGGAUCUCCAAAUGGCUGCACUCCAAUUUCACCUUUCUGGCCUUCAUUGGUGCAGUUGUGGCCCUUGGUUCAAGUAUCUGCCAAACCUACUUUGCAGCUUUCCCCCCUCAUAAAUGACAUCACCACCCACCAAUUAAACCUCUCAUUGUUUAUUUACUACUACUUGAAGCUGUUUAUGUGUGAGCUAGAGAAUGAAUUCGAUGUCUCUCUCUCUCGAGUUUCUCCCUUUUGUAAUCAAUAUAUGUAAUUUAUGUGUGGUGAUAUAUAUAAUAUCUUAAACAAUCUAUGCAAUAUAUGUGUGAUGUAAAUAAUAUCUUGCAUGAGAAUAUUGUGGUUCCUUUUAUCAUUAAUUCAACGUUUGGUUAAAUUCAA